GGGUUAUCAUCUCCCCCAAUUCAAGAUCUUGGUUUGGCGCGGUGAUUGACGCCCUAUUAUUAGUCCAGCCCUCGCCUCUGCUUCCUCUACCAUUGAAUCAUCGCUCUCCCGUCUCGCAGUUUAUACCAUGGAUGGCAUGCAUUUAUCCUCUGACCAAAUUUUUGCUGAAUUGAUUGGAAUGGGGUUUGAGUUUUCCGAUGCUACAGAAGCCAUAAAAGCAGUGGGCCUAUCAUUGGAGGAUGCAGUUGAAUUUAUCUUGAAUGGUCCUCGUAGAAGUAGUGCCAUUGCAUCGAGUAGUUCUAGUUGUCACACAAGCAAUGGGAAAACCCCAGGCAGAAAAGCACUGUCAGCAUCCUGCUUGUCUGAUCGAAUGCGACAAUCUACUAUAGUGGAACAUCUCCAAUGUGCAGGAAGAUUGAAAAGAAAAAAAACCCAUUUAUCAGUCUCUAGAUCACAGGUAUUGCCCAAGCCUGCGAAAGGAUCGAAUGAGGUCUUUCAUGCCAUGGAGUCUAAUAUGGAAACUACUCCAGAGACAUUUAUGCUGCCACCUUCCUGCCAAGAAGAGGUGGGUAUUGGACCAGGUUGGGAGCACAAAGUCAAUGAUCUGCUACAGAAGCGUUUUGGAUAUUCAUCCUUGAAGCAGUUCCAAAAGGAUGCCCUUGCAGCUUGGUUAGCCCACCAAGAUUGCCUUGUUCUUGCAGCAACAGGAUCUGGGAAAUCCCUGUGUUUCCAGAUUCCAGCUUUAUUAUCGGGGAAAGUUGUGGUUGUUAUUUCGCCUCUGAUAAGCCUGAUGUAUGACCAGUGUGUAAAGCUAGCAAAACAUGGGGUGUCAGCAUGCUUUCUUGGUUCUGGACAACCGGACAGUAGCAUUGAGAAGAAAGCAAUGAGAGGCAUGUAUGACAUUAUCUAUGUCUGUCCAGAGACAAUUUUGAGGCUGAUAAAACCUCUUCAAGGCCUUGCAGAAAGCAGGGGAAUAGCAUUAUUUGCCAUUGAUGAAGUCCACUGCAUUUCUAAAUGGGGUCAUGAUUUUCGGCCUGACUACAGGCGGCUUUCUGUUUUAAGAGAGAACUUCAGGGCAGAUGGUUUAAAAUUCUUAAGAUUUGACAUACCACUGAUGGCAUUGACUGCUACUGCCACUCUUCAUGUUCGAGAAGACAUCCUGAAGUCACUGUGCAUGUCAAGUGAUACAAAGAUUGUUCUUACAUCUUUUUUCCGGCCAAAUCUUCAGUUUUCAGUACAGCAUAGUAGAACAUCAUCCCCAUCUUCUUAUGAGAAGGAUUUUCGUGAAUUGAUAAGUAUAUAUUCCAAAAAGAAGAUGUCUGAUAAGAAAAAGCAUGAUGCAAUGUUACAAGAGCUAGAGUACGGUUCAGACAGCUCCAGUAACACAUCAAAAGAAAGUUUAUACAAGGCAGAUACAACGUCCCAGAGUGAUCUGAAUAAUAUUGAGGAUGAUGCCUUCUUUGAAAAUGAUGAUGAUGGUAUAAGUUUGACAAAAGCAAAUUGGUCAACUGCUCCGAAUGAGAAAAAAUUGUCAGUUGAAUAUCUAGAAGAUGAGUCUGAUAUGUUAGAAGGUGUAGAUGAUCUUGAUGUUCCCUGUGGUGAAUUCUUUGGGCAAUCACUUGAUAAGGAAUCAAAUAUUUGUGGGUCUUCUUUGAUAUAUGAUAUACCGAACAAGCAGGGAGAAGGAUUGGAACUUUGGGAAGGUCAUUUAGAAGAAGGUCCAACAAUUAUUUAUGUACCUACCAGAAAAGAAACAUUAAGCAUUGCUAAGUUUCUUUGCAAGUUUGGUGUGAGGGCUGCUGCUUAUAAUGCAAAGUUGCCAAAAGUGCAGCUGAGGCAGGUGCACAUGGAUUUUCAUGAAAAUGCCUUAGAGGUUGUUGUCGCAACAAUUGCUUUUGGAAUGGGGAUUGACAAGUUAAAUGUCCGAAGAAUCAUUCAUUAUGGUUGGCCACAGAGCUUGGAGGCUUAUUAUCAAGAAGCUGGUCGAGCUGGACGGGAUGGGAAAUUAGCACAUUGCAUUCUAUAUGCGGACCUGUCAAGAAUACCAUCACUUUUGCCAAGCCAAAGAAGUAAAGAGCAGACAGAACAUGCUUACAAGAUGUUAUCUGAUUGCUUUAGAUAUGGCAUGAAUACCUCAAGUUGUCGCGCCAAAACCCUUGUAGAGUACUUUGGAGAGACGUUUAGCAAUGAAAUUUGCAAAAUGUGUGAUGUUUGCGUAAAUGGUCCUCCUAAAAUGCUGAAUUUGAAAGCUGAGGCAGAUGUUUUUAUGCAUGUUAUUGCUGCUCAUUAUGGCCAAGUCAGUUCUGGAGGAAGUUCAUACGACAAUGUGAUAUCAGUUGGUAACAAACAGGGGAGACAAUUGAAGCCAAACAUUAGGAUGUUUGUUACUAAAAUAAGGGAACAGUUUCAAAAAUUUCUAGCAAGUGAUGUGCUAUGGUGGCGAGGCUUUUCUCGUAUUUUAGAAGAUAAAGGGUUUAUUAGAGAGGUUGAUGACAUGAUCCGCGUCCAGAUAAAAUUCCCGGAGCCAACCCAACAAGGAUUGGAAUUUUUGCAGGGCAAGGGCGAACAACCCUUCUAUGUGUAUCCCGAAGCAGAUAUGCUGCUCUCACAGAGAAAUGACAAACCUUAUUCCAGCUUCUCAGAGUGGGGGAAAGGCUGGGCUGAUCCUGACAUUCGUCGUCAGCGCUUACAGAAUAUAAAAGGGAGAAGAAAUCCACGCAAGAGGAAGUCGAGAAAAUUUAAUCGCGAUCCGAGAACCGUCAGAGGACGGUUGGCCGCAAAACUCUCCAAAUAAAAUCAACAGAACUUGGCCAUGGAACCCUCCAAACUUACUACAUUCAUGGUUGCCACUGUAACUAAGUUUUAAGUUUAUGUCGUUGGUGGCAUGCUUGUGCCUUGCGGAGGCUUUUGGCUAUAUUAUGGUAUUAUGGCCUGAUUGUGAGUAGUGAGUCUAUUAAUAAGCAAUGGAUGUUAGAUGAGGAUGAUCCAUGUUUAAUGGGUAAAGUACUCAACUAUAUAUUAGUUUUAUUUUGUUUUCAUGUCUUGUUCAA